UCAGUUUCUGUGUGUUGAUUUUUUGGAAAAGUAAGAAAAACAUAAAAUAAUUAAAAUUUCCCGUUUUCUGAGGAAAAUAAUCAACAAUAAAUCAUCUAAAUUAUAAUUAAUUGAUACCUUCAAUUGACAACAAUAAUGGCAACGUAUGAAGAAUAUAUUCAACAAAAUGAGGAUCGUGAUGGAAUCAGAUUUACAUGGAAUGUUUGGCCAUCAAGUAGAGUAGACGCGACAAAAUUAGUAGUGCCAUUGGCUUGCCUUUAUCAGCCAUUUAAGGAACGAGCAGAUCUUCCACCACUUAUGUAUGAGCCUGUCUUGUGUACCAGAACUACAUGUCGUGCAAUUUUAAAUCCUAUGUGUCAAGUUGACUAUCGUGCAAAGUUGUGGGUCUGCAAUUUCUGCUUCCAACGAAAUCCCUUCCCACCUCAAUAUGCUGCAAUAUCCGAGCAACAUCAACCAGCUGAGCUUAUUCCAGGAUUCAGUACAAUCGAAUAUACAAUAACGAGAGCACCUUGCAUGCCACCAGUAUUCCUGUUUGUAGUUGAUACUUGCAUGGAUGAAGAAGAAUUAACGGCAUUGAAAGAUUCACUUCAAAUGUCCUUGAGUUUACUUCCUUCAAAUGCUCUUGUUGGAUUAAUUACUUUUGGCAAAAUGGUCCAAGUCCAUGAAUUAUCAACUGAAGGAUGCUCUAAGAGCUACGUUUUUCGUGGUACGAAAGAUUUAAGUGCUAAGCAGAUCCAAGAUAUGCUAGGAAUUGGACGUGGAGGUGCUGGGCCAGUUCCAGCUGGACAGCAACAACCUCAACAACCAAGAUUGCCUCAACAAGGUCCACAACCACCAUCAAAUAGAUUCUUACAGCCAUUACAAAAAUGUGAUAUGGCUUUAACUGAUAUGUUGGGCGAAUUACAAAGAGAUCCAUGGCCAGUUUCACAAGGAAAACGUCCAUUGAGAGCAACUGGAACUGCUUUAUCGAUUGCUGUUGGAUUACUUGAAUGUACAUAUCCAAAUACAGCUGCAAGAGUCUUAUUGUUUGUUGGUGGACCAUGUUCGACUGGUCCAGGACAAGUUGUUGAUGAUGAGCUUAAACAUCCAAUUCGUUCUCAUCAUGACAUCCAUAAAGAUAAUGCAAAAUACAUGAAAAAAGGAAUUAAGCACUUUGAAGCACUUGCAUUGAGAACAGCAACAAAUGGACAUUGUAUUGACAUCUAUUCAUGUGCUCUGGAUCAAACUGGUCUUAUGGAAAUGAAGCAGUGCUGUAAUUCAACUGGUGGACAUAUGGUUAUGGGAGAUUCCUUCAAUUCUUCCUUAUUUAAGCAAACUUAUCAACGAGUUUUCGCUACAGAUUCUAAAAAUGACCUUAAAAUGGGCUUUAAUGCUACUUUGGAAUUAAAAUGUUCUAGAGAAUUGAAAAUUGAAGGUGGAAUUGGACCUUGUGUGUCAUUAAAUAUUAAAAAUUCAUCUGUAUCAGAGAAUGAAGUUGGAAUGGGGAAUACAACUCAAUGGAAAUUGUGUACAGUCUCACCAAACUCAACUAUGGCAUUUUUCUUUGAAGUUGCGAAUCAACAUUCAGCACCAAUUCCACAAGGUGGUCGUGGAUGUCUUCAAUUCAUUACGCAAUAUCAACAUGCUAGUGGACAGAGAAGAAUAAGAGUUACAACUGUCGCUAGAAAUUGGGCAGAUGCAGCUGUUAAUCUUAAUUUCAUUUCUGCUGGAUUUGAUCAGGAAGCAGCAGCCGUUAUUAUGGCGAGAAUGGUCGUUUUUCGUGCAGAAUCUGAUGAUGGUCCGGAUGUAUUGCGUUGGAUUGAUAGACAAUUAAUUAGAUUAUGUCAGAAAUUCGGUGAAUAUAAUAAGGAUGAUCCAAACUCAUUUAGACUUGCUGAGAAUUUCAGUCUAUUUCCACAAUUCAUUUAUCACUUGAGAAGGUCACAGUUCUUGCAAGUCUUUAAUAAUUCACCAGAUGAAACGACUUUCUAUCGUCACAUGUUAAUGCGUGAAGAUUUAACACAGUCACUGAUUAUGAUACAGCCAAUUUUGUAUAGCUAUAGCUUCAAUGGACCACCAGAGCCGGUUCUUCUUGACACAUCAAGUAUCCAACCUGAUAAGAUUCUCUUGAUGGACACUUUCUUCCAAAUUCUAAUCUUUCACGGUGAAACUAUCGCUCAAUGGCGAGCUAUGAAGUAUCAUGAAAUGAAGGAAUAUGAAAAUUUCAAGCAGCUCUUACAAGCACCAGUCGAUGAUGCUCAAGAAAUUUUGUCAACAAGAUUCCCAAUGCCUCGAUAUAUCGAUACAGAACAAGGCGGUUCACAAGCUCGAUUCUUGUUGUCGAAAGUUAAUCCAUCGCAGACACACAAUACAAUGUAUGGAUACGGUGGAAGUGAUGGCGGUGCUCCUGUUUUAACAGAUGAUGUAUCAUUACAAGUCUUUAUGGAACAUUUGAAGAAAUUGGCUGUCUCAUCUACAGCUUAGUAUGUGAAGAAAAUUAAGAAAAUCGUCAAACGGUGCAGGAAAAUGUUUAAAGUUACGAGAAAAAUUAUUUAGAAAAAUGCAUGCUGAAUGCCCAGAGCAAGAUUUAUGGAUGAAGAAAAAAAUAAUAAUAUUAAUUAAUUGUAUAUGUAUGCUUCAACAUUUCUUUAAUGAUUCAAUUUUUACAUAACAUUCACAAUAAAUAUAUGUAUAAAUUAUAUCUUUUUUCUCACUUUUGCUUUCAGUGUGGAAUUCUGCGCUCCAAAAAAGGAUUAAUUCACUAAUGACGUCUUUAAAGAAAUUUAUUUUUCAGACCCCAAAGCUGUGCUACCAAAUUUUUAUAAAAAUAUAUUUUUUUUCAGACCAAUGUGACAAUUCUUUAUAUCAAAUACUAGACGUCAUCAGUGAAUGACCAGAAAAAGCUAAAAUAAAUUAAGUUAAAUAAAGUGUAGGAAUGUGGUGGUUGUUGUUCAGAGCUUUAAGUGUGUAGAUAAGAAAAUAAAGGUUUGUAAGUAUGAAAGAAUUUCGAGGAAAAUUAAAACUUUGAAAUUUUUCUUUAAAAACCAUUCAACAGUCAAUAUGAAAGCAAAAUUGUCCUGUUUUAAUGUUACAAAUACUAUCAAAACCGUACAAGUGUUUGAAAACAUUUAUAAGGUUCUGAAGAAAUCUAAUAUGAAUUUGUAUGGUUUUGGAAAAAUAGAACUUUUCAAAUGUUUUUAUAUGCCUCGGAAUUCAAUCUAUUCAAACUCCAAAAUUCACUUUUCAACCAAAAAAUAAAUGUAAUUUCAUUAAAAAUAUUACUUUUAAAACUUCAACUAAAAAUCAUCUAAAAUUAUAUUGUAAGUUGCACGAUUUACAAUUUUCACUUGCCUCAACAUCUUAAGUGCCUCAAAAGCCAAUUAAAAUUUAAUUAAGAAAUCUAAUAGACAUUUUCUUUUCGACAUCAGUACGAUCCAAAGCUUUGCAGAAAUCAUCGAAUGUAAUUUUUCCAUCUCCGGCUUGAUCUGCUUCCAUAAUUGUUCUUUCUGCGAUGCUCAUUAAUUGAUCCUGGCUAAUAUUAGCACCAACCAUCAUGUGGAGAAUAUUAAGUAAUUCGUCUUUGGAGAUUGAUUCGUCAUCAUCAAGAUCGUAC